AUGCCUUCUCCAUUCUCUACUGAUCGUCGCGAUCUCUGCCAGCACGUCAGAUACAGAACUGGCUGCUUGGCUUGUGCUGCUCAUGGCACGAGAAAUGAGAUAAGAGAUGCUACCACGGAAAAAGAGCGGCGUGAGGCAGCUAUGAGCCGGCAUCAAGCUCUCCUUCAAGAGGACGUCUGUGGCGUCGAGCGUGAUAACUUUGCGGCGGAGCUCGAGAAAGCGACAAAGUAUUGCGCAGCAUGGGACCAGCGCCGUCAAGAGCUCGAAGCAGUGCUUGCCUCAGAGGAAGUGGAAAUAAAGAAAGUGUGCGACUGCACUGAUCCAGACGCGCUCUCAAAGGCGUUCGAAAGCAAGGCAAUCGAGCGAGAAAACGAGCUUCUGGAGAUCUGGCGCAAAGCUUCGAAGACCGAGAAAGGAGAUGGCUUAAUCAAAAUGGUAGAGGAAAAUCCUGACUACAAAUCAUCAUCCAAAGGUCUGGACCGCUCCAGUGUCCCAGCGACACCCGACCCGGCUGCGAUGAAUUAUGGCCGCGCAAUCGCAAUGUUCGGCGUACCAGACGAGCCUGGUAAAGAUCAGCGACAGGAGAGCGAGAGUGCAGAACCACUGGAUCUUCCGCCGCAAACAGACAGACAAGCUAUUUUACCAAGAGACUCUCCUACACGAGAUGAGCGCCGCAAAACAUUGAUAGCCCAACUCAAGGCAUGGGAGGCUCCCGAGGACUUUGACAACGGAUCAUCGAACCAUCCAGACCCACGGCAAUUCUACAAUGGUCCACCUCUUGCUCUCCUUGAUCUACAGAAGCUGGGCUUGAAUGAAAAUGUCAAAAAGUAA